AAAGAGACACGAGGAUGAGGAGAAAGGCCAAAAUGGAGGAGGGCAAAAGCGUAUUCUACUUGCAGACGACAACAGACUACAGAUAACUGUAACGAUUUCUCCGCUCUCCCUCGCACAGCUGAAAAACUGUUGAACUGCGAGGAAUACAGACGACCAUACAGACUCUUACCCGAACAGAUCCCUUCGUUCUCGCAUUUCUUACUCCUUCAUCUUCCAAGGAUUGUGAAAAUUGAAUUUUAUGGAGGGUGUUGAUGGUGAUGUUCGAUCAGCUGCUGCAGCACUGAACCAACAGAGUCAUGAAAUUUCAAAGCUUUUCCAGCAUUAUUUGGAUAAAACUACACCUCAUGCACUUUAUCGGUGGAUUGGAACAUCUAUCUUUGCAUCUCUUUUUGCUCUGCGGGUCUAUUCCAUUCAAGGGUUCUACAUGGUGACCUAUUUUUUGGGCAUCUACAUACUGAAUUUGCUGAUUGGUUUUCUGACACCUCUUGUUGAUCCUAGCCAAGAAACUUCAGAUGGUCCUGUGCUGCCUACAAAAGGUUCAGAUGAAUUCAAACCUUUCAUUCGUCGGCUCCCGGAAUUCAAGUUUUGGUAUGCGGUCACUAGGGCCUUCUGCAUGGCAUUUGUCACGACUUUCUUCUCUGCAUUUGAUGUUCCUGUCUUUUGGCCAGUAUUAUUGCUCUACUGGAUCGUUCUUUUCGUCCUCACAAUGAAGCGCCAAAUUGCCCACAUGGUCAAAUAUAAAUACAUCCCAUUUAACAUUGGAAAGCAGAAAUACAGUGGAAAAAAGACUGCAGCAGGUGGCGGCAGUCCAAGAGGGGCUUGAGAAAGAGGGAGAAGUGAGGCAGGAGAAAGGGGGAAAAACAUUUAUGUAGUGGGAUUUGUAGUUGCAAUAAUACGGAUUUGAACACCAUAUAACAAAUAUGUACUUCCAUUCUUGCAUUUAUAUUUGAUUUUGGGAGGUGUAUAGCGUGUGAACAGGAAUUUGUAUGGUUUAGACAUUCAUUCACCUGGACCUGGAGUAUCAAUUUGGUGUAAAUAUUGUUACUGUUCUAACACCACCAGUGGCCAGUGCAGUGCAAGUUGUAUGUAUGGUUUGGACUUUGGAUGAAUAUUCAACUUGACAAAUGUUUUAACUAAAA